AUGCUGCUUCUAUUCUACACUACACUACACUACACUACACUACACUACACUACACUACACUACACUACACUACACUACACUACACUACACUACACUACACUACACUACACUACACUACACUACACUACACUACACUACACUACACUACACUACACUACACACUACACUACACUACACUACACUACACUACACUACACUACACUACACUACACUACACUACACUACACUACACUACACUACACUACACUACACUACACUACACUACACUACACUACACUACACUACACUACACUACACUACACUACACUACACUACACUACACUACACUACACUACACUACACUACACUACACUACACUACACUACACUACACUACACUACACUACACUACACUACACUACACUACACUACACUACACUACACUACACUACACUACACUACACUACACUACACUACACUACACUACACUACACUACACUACACUACACUACACUACACUACACUACACUACACUACACUACACUACACUACACUACACUACACUACACUACACUACACUACACUACACUACACUACACUACACUACACUACACUACACUACACUACACUACACUACACUACACUACACUACACUACACUACACUACACUACACUACACUACACUACACUACACUACACUACACUACACUACACUACACUACACUACACUACACUACACUACACUACACUACACUACACUACACUACACUACACUACACUACACUACACUACACUACACUACACUACACUACACUACACUACACUACACUACACUACACUACACUACACUACACUACACUACACUACACUACACUACACUACACUACACUACACUACACUACACUACACUACACUACACUACACUACACUACACUACACUACACUACACUACACUACACUACACUACACUACACUACACUACACUACACUACACUACACUACACUACACUACACUACACUACACUACACUACACUACACUACACUACACUACACUACACUACACUACACUACACUACACUACACUACACUACACUACACUACACUACACUACACUACACUACACUACACUACACUACACUACACUACACUACACUACACUACACUACACUACACUACACUACACUACACUACACUACACUACACUACACUACACUACACUACACUACACUACACUACACUACACUACACUACACUACACUACACUACACUACACUACACUACACUACACUACACUACACUACACUACACUACACUACACUACACUACACUACACUACACUACACUACACUACACUACACUACACUACACUACACUACACUACACUACACUACACUACACUACACUACACUACACUACACUACACUACACUACACUACACUACACUACACUACACUACACUACACUACACUACACUACACUACACUACACUACACUACACUACACUACACUACACUACACUACACUACACUACACUACACUACACUACACUACACUACACUACACUACACUACACUACACUACACUACACUACACUACACUACACUACACUACACUACACUACACUACACUACACUACACUACACUACACUACACUACACUACACUACACUACACUACACUACACUACACUACACUACACUACACUACACUACACUACACUACACUACACUACACUACACUACACUACACUACACUACACUACACUACACUACACUACACUACACUACACUACACUACACUACACUACACUACACUACACUACACUACACUACACUACACUACCUACUAUACUAUACUAUACUACACUACACUACACUACACUACACUACACUACACUACACUACACUACACUACACUACACUACACUACACUACACUACACUUGCUGCGACUUGUUAGUCUGUCGUUAA